AUGCCGUGGAUGCGCCUGUGGCCGAGUUGGGAUGUGCCGGUCGGCAGUGGGACUGUCAGCAUCAAUAAGGCUAUUAAUGCGCAGGAAGUGGCUGUCAAGGAGAAACACGCCAGAACAUGCAUCCUGGGCACACACCACGAGAAGGGGGCACAGACCUUCUGGUCGGUGGUGAACCGGCUGCCGCUCUCAGGCAACGCCGUGCUCUGCUGGAAGUUCUGUCACGUCUUCCACAAACUCCUCCGGGAUGGCCACUCGAACGUCCUGAAAGACUCCGUGAGAUACAAGAAUGAGCUGAGCGACAUGAGCAGGAUGUGGGGCCACCUGAGCGAGGGCUAUGGGCAGCUCUGCAGCAUCUACCUCAAACUGCUGAGAACCAAGAUGGAGUUUCACACCAAGAAUCCCCGCUUCCCCGGCAAUCUCCAGAUGUCCGACCGGCAGCUUGACGAGGCGGGGGAGAACGACGUCAAUAAUUUUUUUCAGCUGACAGUGGAGAUGUUUGACUACCUGGAGUGUGAGCUGAACCUCUUCCAGACGGUGUUCAGCUCCCUGGACAUGUCGCGCUCAGUGUCGGUGACGGCCGCGGGGCAGUGCCGCCUGGCCCCGCUCAUCCAGGUGAUCCUGGACUGCAGCCACCUCUACGACUACACUGUCAAGCUGCUCUUCAAGCUCCACUCCUGUCUGCCGGCGGACACGCUGCAGGGCCACCGGGAUCGCUUCCUGGAGCAGUUCAGAAAGCUGAAGGACCUCUUCUACCGCUCCAGCAACCUGCAGUACUUCAAGCGGCUGAUUCAGAUCCCGCAGCUGCCGGAGAACCCUCCCAAUUUCCUGCGCGCCUCGGCGCUGUCGGAGCACAUCAGCCCCGUGGUGGUCAUCCCCGCCGAGGCAUCCUCACCCGACAGCGAGCCCAUCACAGACCUGGUGGAGAUGGACACGGCCUCGCAGAGCCUGUUUGACAAUAAGUUUGAUGACAUCUUCGGCAGCUCUUUCAGCAGUGACCCCUUCAACUUCAACAGCCAGAAUGGGAUGAACAAGGAUGACAAGGACCGGUUAAUCGAGCAGCUCUAUGGGGAGAUCGCAGCCCUGAAGGAGGAGCUGGAGAACUUCAAGGCCGAGAGCGCGCGAGGCGCGGUGCAGCUGCGCGGUCGCGCCAGCGAGCUGGAGGCCGAGCUGGCCGAGCAGCGGCACCUGAAGCAGCAGGCGCAGGACGAGAGCGAGUUCCUGCGGGCAGAGCUGGAGGAGCUGAAGAAGCAGCGGGAGGACACGGAGAAGGCGCAGAGGAGCCUGACGGAGAUUGAAAGGCGGGCGCAGGCCAACGAGCAGCGCUACAGCAAGCUGAAGGAGAAGUACAGCGAGCUGGUGCAGAACCACGCCGACUUGCUGCGGAAGAAUGCGGAGGUGACCAAGCAGGUGACGGCAGCCAGGCAGGCCCAGGGGGACGUGGAGCGGGAGAAGAAGGAGCUGGAGGACUCCUUCCAGCGGUCUCAGGAGCAGGCAGAGGUGCUGGACACGCUAAAGCGGGAGCUGGCAGCCAGCAGGCAGGAGCUGCAGGUCCUCCAGGGCACCCUGGAGUCCAGCACGCAGGCGGGAGCGGAGCAGAGCACCCGGAUCGCCAGCCUGGAGCAGGAGAGGGACAGCCUGAGCCGGGCAGCAGAGCAGCACGGAGAGGAGAUGGCCGCCCUGCGGGCUGAGCUGCAGCAGCUGCAGGACACGCUCAGCCGCGAGCAGGAGAGCAGCAAGAUGGAGCUGGAGACGUUGCAGACCCAGCUGAGGGACAAGCAGUUUGCCCUGCUGCAGGGCACUGCGCGGGAGGCGGAGCGGAUGGUGCAGGAUGCCCUCGGUCGCCUGGAGGAUCCCGCUCACAUCGGCUGCACCGGCUCGGCAGAUUGCCUCCUGUCCAGGACGCUGGCAGCCUCCGAGUGCGUGGAGCGGCUGCGGGACGCGCACAGCAAAUACCUUUCCAAUCGCGCAGCCGUUGGCUCCCUUCUGCCCUGCCUGGCCCUCUUCGCCCACCUGGUCAGCGACACCCUCCUGCAGGGCAGCGCUACCUCCCACGUGGCCCCCAUGGAGCCAGCUGACCGUCUGCUGGAGAUGUGCAAGCAGUGCGGCAGCGAGGCCGUGAGCUACCUCAGCGCCCUGCAAGACCCGGGGACGGUGGAAGGAGCUGACUGCAGCCUGGUGACAACCUGCCUGGGCCGGAUCAGUGCCAUCGGGGAGGAGCUGCGGCCCAGAGGGCUGGACGUCAAGCAGGAGGAGCUGGGUGACCUGGUGGACAAGGAGAUGGCGGCAACGGCAGCAGCCAUCGAAACGGCGUCCACCCGCAUUGAGGAGAUGCUGAGCAAGGCACGGGCUGGUGACACUGGGGUCAAACUGGAAGUGAACGAGAGGAUCCUGGGCUCCUGCACGGGCCUCAUGCAGGCCAUCCACAUCCUGGUCCUGGCCUCCAAGGACCUCCAGAGAGAGAUCGUGGAGAGCGGACGGGGCGCAGCGUCCCCCAAGGAGUUUUACGCCAAGAAUUCCCGCUGGACCGAGGGUCUUAUCUCCGCCUCCAAAGCCGUGGGCUGGGGUGCCACCGUCAUGGUCGACGCUGCCGACCUGGUGGUGCAAGGCAAGGGGACGUUCGAGGAGCUAAUGGUCUGUUCCCGGGAGAUCGCGGCCAGCACCGCUCAGCUGGUGGCAGCCUCCAAGGUGAAGGCAGACAAAGACAGCGCCAACCUUUGCAAGCUCCAACAAGCCUCCCGGGGUGUCAACCAGGCCACAGCCGGCGUGGUGGCCUCCACCAAGGCCGGGAAGUCGCAGGUGGAGGAGAAAGACAGCAUGGACUUCUCCAGCAUGACACUCACCCAGAUCAAGCGUCAGGAGAUGGACUCACAGGUGCGGGUGCUGGAGCUGGAAAACCAGCUGCAGAAGGAGCGGCAGAAGCUGGGGGAGCUGCGCAAGAAGCACUACGAGCUGGCAGGAGUGGCGGAGGGCUGGGAGGAGGAGGAUUUUUCAGAACUCUUUGAGCCGGCUCUGGCUGAGUGA